AUGGCGAACCAGAAGAAAGAAAUCAAAAACGUCAUCGUCAUAGGUAAGGCCGCUCACCAUUCCCCAUAUCCCACCCAGGUCCAGAGUAGCCAAGUCCGGGACGAAACUGACCAUGGCCCCUUCUCCCCACCAGGUGCUGGCGCUGGCGGUAUCGCUACCGCGGCUCGCCUCGCCAUGGCCGGCAUCAAGGUCACAGUCCUGGAGAAGAACAACUUCACCGGAGGUCGGUGCAGCCUCAUCUUCACCGACGAUGGCUUCCGAUUCGACCAGGGCCCUUCCCUCUUGCUGCUCCCGGGCCUCUUCAAGGAGACAUUCAACGACCUCGACAGCAGCCUCGAGGAGGCCGGCGUCGAGCUGAUCCGGUGCCCCAUCAACUACGACAUCUUCUUCGCCGACGGCGAGAAAGUCCGCACCUCGUGUGACGAGAGUGUGAUGAAGCAGGAGAUCGAGCGCUGGGAGGGCAAGGACGGCUUCCAGCGAUACCUGCAGUGGAAGGCCGAGGCCCACGUGCAUUAUGAGACGAGCCUCAAGCGCGUCCUCCGUAAAAACUUCACCAGCCUCUGGCAGAUUGUUUCUCCCGGCUUCGUCUGGCACGGCCUUGGGCUCCACCCCCUCGAGAGUAUCUGGAGCCGUUCCACCAGGUACUUCUACACCAACCGUCUCCGCAUGGUCUUCACCUUCGCCACCAUGUACAUGGGCAUGAGUCCCUUCGAGGCCCCGAGCACGUACAGUCUUUUGCAGUACAGCGAGCUCGCUGAGGGCAUAUGGUAUCCCAAAGGCGGAUUCCAGACGAUCCUGCAGAAGAUCGUCGACAUCGGCAAGGCGUCCGGCGUAGAGUAUCGAUUGGAGACGCCCGUCAAGAAGAUCCUGACAACCGACGACGGCGCCAAAGCGAAGGGUGUCGAGCUGGAGAGCGGCGAGACUCUCGAAGCCGACGUCGUUGUCGUGAACUCGGACCUCGUAUACUCGUACAGCAACCUGUUCCCCCAGACCCGGGAAACCGCCGAGUACGCCAAGACCCUCAGAGGAAAGGACACCUCAUGCAGCUCCAUCUCCUUCUACUGGAGCGUGUCGAGGAAGGUGACGGAGCUCGGGACCCACAACAUCUUCAUGUCGAACGAGUACCGGGACUCGUUCGACGCCAUCUUCAAGCGGCAGUCGGUCCCCUCGGACCCGAGCUUCUACGUCAACAUCCCGAGCCGCAUCGACCCGACCGCCGCGCCCGAGGGCAGCGACGCCGUCAUCGCCCUGGUGCCCAUCGGCCACCUGAUGAAGUCGCGCGGCACCGACGACGAGCCGGGGGCGGGUUUCCCGCUCGACGACGCCGAGCGGCCCGCGCUGGUGGACCGGGUCCGCGAGGCGGUGCUGUCGACGCUGGCGGCGCGCACGGGCGGGGCGCGCCUCGACGCCUUCAUCGCGGCCGAGGCGGUCAACACGCCGUGGACCUGGGAGGCCAAGUUCAACCUUGACAAGGGGGCGAUCCUGGGGCUCAGCCACAACUUCACCAACGUGCUGGCCUACCGGCCGUCGACGCGGGCGCGCGGCCUGGCCGGCGCGUACUUUGUCGGCGCCAGCACCCACCCGGGCACGGGCGUGCCCGUCGUGCUCGCCGGCGCCAAGCUCACGGCCGAGCAGGUCCUGGCCGACCACGGCAUGCCCGUCCCGUGGGAGGGCAAGGCGCCCGCGGUGCGCGACCAGGGCGCGCCGCAGGACGAGUCCACCGGCGAGCUGGACCGCCGCCGUCGGCCCCUGUGGUCGUCGGAUUCGCGGCUGGCCGUGGGCCUGGUCGUCUCGUCGCUGGCCCUGGUGGUGCUGGACGGUUGGUGUCGUGGCCGCUACUUCGGCGGCUGCUGA